AUGAUGGGAUGCGCCCUCUCGUACUUCCUCACCCGACCCAAUAGUGCCGGAGCGGGGAAGCGGUUAGUCUGCCUCGAAGCCAAGGACGUGGCGAGUGGCGCCUCCGGCCGGAACGGGGGACAUGUCGGCCCGAAGACGUACGCUCUGUGGCAUCAACUCCAGCAAGAAUACCCUCUCGGCGCGGGUCUCAGUCCUGAAGAAGCGACAUGGGUGAUGCAGAACGAGAGGGAUAAUCUCGAUCUCGUCGAGUCUCUCGUAAAGACGGAGGGACUUGAUGUUGAUUUCUGGCGCGGCGAAUUACUCGAAACUCACCAUGAUCUGGAACGUACGCGGUGGGCUAAGGAACAGUAUGGGAAAUGGUUGGCACAGCGCCGCCGAAUGGGAUUGCACGGCGACGACUCGCGUUUCGUCGAUCACGCGGGCGAGGCUGAGCGCCUGAGCCGCUUCCGAGGCGUCACGUCCGUCCACAUCCGCCCUGGUGGCAGCGUUCACCCUGCGAUCACGCCCACAACCCCGUUCUCAGGGGAUGGGGCGCUGGGAAACACAUACAACACGCUAGAUGGGCAUUACCUCGUCCGUACUGGGAGUGGCGAACUCGUCCUCGGUGGUGGGACGGCACCGCUCGUGCGGUCAGGAAAGGUACCGCUGUCAAAAGUUCAUGGCAACGAGGACGACAGUGAGGCAUCCAUCGAUCCGGCGAUUACGAGGGACCACGCGAUUUUUAUGCGCAAUUUCAUCGGAUGGGGACCGGAAGCAUACGGCGAGGGCCUGUUUGCGGGACAUGGGAUGGCGCGCAUUUUUGCGGUUGCACGCGGGUACGCUGAUACCCUCAAGACUGGGGUUUGGGAUGAGGCUCUGCUGCCCAAGUGCUUCAAAAUUACGGAGGAGCGGUUAGCGCGCGCGGAGGAGUCACAUGCGCGGUGGGUUAGGGAGCGCGGGCCGGCCUGUAAGGUCGUCGAAGGACAGAUUGUUGAUGGCGCCAAGGCCAAGUUGUAG